AUGUCCCACUUUGACACCCUCUCGCGCACGACCUCGAACCGCGGGUCCACCGUGUCGCGCUCCCAGUCUCUCAUCAAGAAGAACACGGCCCCUCAUGAGCUCAAGCCCAGCGACAUCCUCAUCGAGCGCUUCACCGCCUGGAAGCAGAUUGUCAAGAUGUUGAUCGCAUACUUUGAGGGCGUUGCCGACAUUGAGGGCAACACGUCCAAGGAGCUCACCAAGCUCGCGGCCGUCAUCCAGGUGCCCUUCCGUCCCGGAAACCAGUUCCUUGGCGAGGGCGGUAUGCAGGAUGUCUUCUACACCAUCCGUGACAAGACCCGUGUGAUUGCCGACUCGCACGCGUCGCUGGCCCGUACCAUCGAGUCGUCGAUUGUCCAGCACCUCCAGAAGCUCCGUACCGAGAUCAAGGCGCACAUCAAGAACGUCCAGAAUGACACUGGCAAGCUCGCGGCGUCGGUCGCCCGCGAGCGUGAGCUCUCAACCAAGGCGAUUGCCGACCUCGCUCGCGCUAUCGGUGCCGUCAACCACACGCCGAUGCAGGUCUCGUCCAAGGAGGACCCCUUCGCGGUCAACCUUUCUGUCCUCAAGCAGCUCCAGCGCCAGGUCCAGGAGGAGAAUGCGCUCCAAAAGUCCAUUGUCAUCAUGCAGCAGAACUCGGCCCACUUUGAGGAGGGUAUCGUCCGCUCGAUCCAGUCGGCGUGGGCGACCUUUGACGAGUGGCAGUCGCGCAUGAGCGCGUCCGUCCAGGAGACCUGGCGUCAGCUCGGUGUCAACAUGGGCCAGCUCAUGCCCGACCGCGAGUGGAUUGCCUUUGCUGCUCGCUCGGACCACCUCCUCGACCCCGAGACGCCUCUCCGCAACCCUGACGCCAUCGACUAUCCCGGCCGCAACGACCCCUCCGUCGUCCCCGUCCACGCCGGUCUCCUCGAGCGCAAGAAGCGCUUCACCAAGACCUACAAGGAGGGCUUCUAUGUCCUCACGCCGGCUGGCUACCUCCACGAGUACACCUCGUCCGACCCCACCACUGCCACCCACCCCAUCUGGUCCCUCUUCCUCCCGGCCUGCACCCUUGGUCCUCCUUCGUCCGCCUCUACUGCCAAGUCGCACAAGUUCCACAUCGAGGUCCGCAAGGACGGCACGUCGGCGUUUGGCAAGACCCCCGGUGCCAAGCUGUUCAGCAGCACCGAGGCCUACACGUUCCGCGCCCGCUCGCACGAGGAGAUGAUGGAGGUCUGGAACGACCUGCGCAUGCUUGUCGCCCGUUACCUCGUCGCCUCGGAGCAGAUGGAGCGCGACGGCCCCAUCGCCCAGGCCGUCCGCAGCGUCGGCUACCUGUCCGACGAGGAGGAGGAAGAGGACGAGGAUGAGGAGGAGGGCUCGUCGAUCGCCGAGGAGGAAGAGGAGGACGAGGAGCUCGACCACGACCAGCACCACGCCGUCGCCGAGGAGGUCCCGGCCUACUCACAGGGCAGCGCCCAGGUCGAGGUCGGCCCCAACGGCUAUGCUCUCGAGAAGAAGGAACAGCCUGGAUCGUCUGCCGGCCCGUCCGACCCCACCGAGGACACCGCGUCGGCCCCGUCUCGUCGUGCCGAGAAGGCGCCCGCUCGCGAGGAGCCUACAACUGGUGAGGCUCAUUCCACUAUCCCCUAUUCCACCAAUGCCGAAGCCGAAGCCGAGGCAGCCCCGGCACAGGCGGCGGAGAUAACCGAGGCAGGCGCAGACGAUGAUGUCGAGGGCGUCGAGGGCGGCGCUCCAGAGGACGAUGACGACCCGGCGGCCUAUGCCGAGGCCGAAGCCGGCCCAGACCCGGACGAGGAACAGCACCAGUCCAGGGGCGUGCUCAGCAUGCUCGGCCUCGGCGGCGGCAGCGGCACCAAGUGA